AUGCGAAGAGCAUCCUCGAUCAACAUGUUGAACAAUGGAGAUGCUGCCAUCCACUCCCCUCUCUCAAUUCUCUCCUCUCAAUCCUUCACUCUCAAUACUUCAACCACUUCAUCAUCGGAAUACCGUGAUGAGGAUGACACCACAACAUCUCAGGUGAUGAUGAAUGGUUCACUCCAACAAAUUUCACAACAAUUUCUAGAUCCGAAAACCGAACAAAUUCUCAAAGAUAUUAAUUCCAAAUUUGAUGAUUUUUGUCUACACGCCAAAGCUAUUCAUGAAAACGAGAGUGAAUUACGUUUCAUAUUUGGUCCGAGUACUUUGACACAUUUGAUAGAAGGAAAUUUACAGGUGGAAUAUGAGGGAUAUUUGUUUAGUCAUGCAUUGGUGUUGAUUGCAAAAAGUAAUAACACCUAUGAGGUGUUUGCAUUGAGUGAGAGUUUGAGUAGUAGUUGUUUGGUGAAUAGUUUGAGUGGAAGUUUGACACAACAACUGACACUUGAAACAAACACUCCUAACACAAUUUCACAACCUUUGGCUCUACAAAUACCAUCCUCACCUCCACUUUAUAAAAUUGUAAAAUUUCAUGAUGAUAUCACAGUGAGAGCCAUUCCAAACUCUGGAGAAUUUCAAAAUGCAUUCUGUUUGCAGGAUUUUAAAGGAGAUAAUGCUCAAGUGUUCAUGACCAAUGAAAGUCACUUGAGACAGUUAUGGAUUGAUCAAAUUAAGAAUAUUAUUGAACCACCUUUCUUUUCAGAGAGUGACAAAAAGAAAAUAUUGGAUGACAUUCAAAAACAUUUAAAUGAUACAACAGAUAGUGUCGAAGAGUAUUAUGACGAACCAUUAUCAGGAUUGACACCCCAUGUUCCAAUUAAGAAUACUUGUGAAUUUAUUGAAUUUAGUAAUGGAUUGACUCAAGAGGUCAAUUUUGCUACAUUACAAAAGUUAUUUCAACACUUGACUGAUCCUGAAGAACAUGACAAUAAUUUUGUCUUUACAUUUUUAUUGACUUACAAAUCAUUUACAACAUCGGAAGAUUUAUUGGACUAUCUCAUGACACGAUACAAUACAGCACCUCCUCCCAAUCUCAAUAUUCGAUAUAAUUUUCACUCGACAUGGAAACCACAAUUGUAUGAUGUGAGAUUGAAAAUUUGCAAUAUUGUAUUCUUUUGGAUUGACAAACAUUUUUACAAUUUUCGAUCUGAACCCGUACUUCAACACAAAAUGGACAAAUUCAUUUUACUGAUCGAGAAUACCAAGAUGGAAAAAGCAGCGCAAAUAAUUAGAUCAUCAUGGAACAACAAGAGAAAGGAAAGAAAUACAUUCACGAUUCAACAAUUCGAGAGGCAACAACGACAAGUAGAAUUACUCAAAAGACAAUACGCCGAGGAGACAUCUCCUAAACAAAAAAAGACAAACAAAAUCUCAUCUAUUUUCAACUUUACUUCAAAAUCAGAAUCAGAAGCGUUUUCGAGCAUUUCCAAACAAUUGUUGGAGGACAACCCUCUUAUAGAGAAGGCAUCUGAAAUUGCCAAGCAUUUGACCAUGAUUGAGAUGGAAAUUUUCAAUAGAAUCCAGCCAAAGGAAUGUCUCAACCAAUCUUGGUCAAAAGAGAACCAACGAAAAAUGGCUCCCAACAUUUACGCUCAAAUUCAAAAAACAAACCACAUGGUAACCUUUGUUUCGUUGCAUAUUCUUAAUCCAGAAAAUGCCAAAGAACGAGCCAACGUCAUUCAAAAAUUUAUUAACAUUGCUCAAGAACUGAGGAAUUUGAACAACUUUAACACACUUAAAGGAAUCAUGAUGGCACUCAACUCGAAUAGUGUCUUUAGAUUGAAAAAAUCUUGGGAAUUGGUUACAGAAAAGAAACGACAGCAAUUCGAAGAGCUUUCAAAGCUGGUUUCUCACGAGUCAAAUUUCAAGGCAUUGCGAGAAUGUAUGAAACACACUCAUCUACCAAGUUUGCCUUAUAUCGGUGUUUUUCUGUCGGAUUUAACAUUUUGUGAAGAAGGAAAUUGUGACAUGAAAGAUGGUACCAAAAUUAACUUUUUCAAGAGAAGACAAUUAGCAUCGGUCAUUAAGAAAAUUCAAAAGUACCAAAAAACUCCUUAUAAUCUUCCUACACGUGGUGAAUUGUCAACAAAACUCAAUGCCAUCCAUUUCAGUGCUGCCUUCAACGAGGACUACCUUUAUGAAUUAUCUCUAAAACGAGAACCAAGACAAUAA